AAAGGGGGAUAAGGGAGACAAAGGGGAAAGAGGUGAGAGUGUCAGAGGUCCACCAGGACCCACAGGACCACCGGGACCUGGCUAUGACGUCGAGCAGAAGGGAAUUGUUGGCCCUCAAGGUGAACCUGGAGAGAAGGGAGAUCCUGGCACUUGUUCCUGUAACACAACUGCUCUCAUGUCAUCCUUCACAAUGCCAAAAAUGAUGCAGGGGAAAAAGGGUGAGCCGGGUGCGUCGGGGGCUGAAGGAAAACAAGGCUUACCGGGAUUGCCGGGUGCCGCAGGACCUCCUGGCGAACGGGGUCAACCGGGUGUGAAGGGUCCCAAAGGUGAUACGGGCAUUACAGGAGCUCAAGGAGCGGAAGGUCCGCAAGGUCCGAAAGGAGAAAUGGGCCUAGAUGGUGUUCCGGGUGAAAAGGGAGCCACAGGACCUCCAGGUCCUCCGGGAAAGGGAGAGAUUUCCGGAUACGACCCUAGCUGGAAACCUAGGAGCAUGUACAGGAUGGAAGGGAUAACGAUGCGCCCCGGACUUCCGGGCCACAAAGGUGACCCUGGUAUUCCAGGAGAGCGCGGGCCUAAGGGGGAAGCUGGGGUGGAGGGCGCGAAGGGAGUGAAAGGCGAAAUGGGUCUGAAGGGCACGAAGGGUGACCACGGAAAGGACGGCCGAGAAGGGAUCCAAGGGUUUAAGGGAGAGCCCGGAAUGCCUGGAGCACCAGGAGUUCCAGGAGCUCCAGGAGCAAACGGGAUGCCAGCUGCAAAGGGCAGUAAAGGAGACGCCGGUCCCGAAGGGAAAAUGGGACCUACCGGACCUCCAGGGCCUCCAGGACCCAAGUCGGAAGGUGGAAUAAACGUUGGCGAUAUAGAUCCAGGUGAGAAGGGCGACAAAGGAGACAAGGGUGAUCAGGGAUUCAAGGGUGACCUUGGUCCGAAAGGUGAGAAAGGUGACCGAGGGGAUUUGGGUCCCGCUGGUAUUCCCGGGGUCAACGGAAUCCAGGGUCCCCAAGGAAACAAGGGCGAACCAGGAAAAGACGGGCUGCCCGGAUCCAGCGGGACUCCCGGGACCAAGGGCGAACGGGGCGAGAAGGGACCGCCGGGAGUGACCGCCAUUGCGGGUCCUGGAGAUUACGUGACCAUCAAGGGCGAAAAGGGCGCUAGAGGAAGGAAGGGGAAACAAGGAUCGCCGGGACCUGCUGGACCUCCUGGACCCUCGGGGAAAAAUGGUGUCAAUGGAGAAAUCGGACUGCCGGGUUGGAUGGGUCGGCCUGGACCAGCAGGAAUUCCCGGUAAUCCAGGUGGUACGGGAUCCAAGGGUGAUAAGGGUGAACCAGGUGCACCAAGUCCGUAUGGACUCUCCGUUGGGGUCAAGGGAGACAAAGGAGAUGCCGGAACACCCGGGACCCCUGGUCAGCCAGGUCGCGAUGGUCAGCGGGGUCCUCCAGGGCCACCUGGUCCCGCAGGUCCGCCGUCGCUAGGAAAAUACAUUCCGGUUCCUGGGCCACCAGGACCUCCAGGUAUCCCAGGUACGCCCGGAUUAUCUUUCAUCGGCCAGAAGGGAGAACCUGGCAUUGGGCGAGGUCAUAUCUUUAUGGACAGAGGAGACAGCCGUUACGGAUCUAGACAAGGACCGAGAAGCAGUUUAGACGAGAUAAAGGCUCUCCGAGAGCUUAAACAGCUCAAGGAGCUCAAAGAACACUACGGAUCCGGUACCGUGUCAACGCGAGGUCCACCGGAAAGUACGACAAAAAUUGUUCCUGGUGCUGUGACAUUCCAAAAUACUGAAGCUAUGACCAAGAUGUCAGCAGUCAGUCAAGUCGGUACAUUGGCGUACAUAAUUGAUGAAGAAGCUUUACUUGUCAGGGUAAAUAACGGAUGGCAGUACAUCGCUCUCGGAUCGCUCCUACCAAUCACAACUCCAGCCCCACCAACGACGGCUCCACCCCCGUUAAAACCACCUUUCGAGGUGUCGAACCUGGUGAAUCAAAUCCCGUUGAAAGCAGACGGUACAGCGUGGUACCCGAAAAUGCUGCGAAUGGCUGCGCUGAACGAGCCGAUUACCGGUGACAUGCAUGGAAUUCGGGGCGCAGAUUAUUCCUGCUAUCGACAAUCCAGGCGAGCUGGAUUCAGAGCCAGUACUUUCCGGGCGUUUUUGAGCUCAAGAGUACAAAAUGUGGACAGCAUCGUCAGAUUCGCCGACCGAGAUCUGCCGAUUGUGAACAUCAAGGGAGACGUUCUGUUCAAUUCUUGGAAGGAAAUGUUCAAUGGCGACGGUGCUUAUUUUUCGCAGAGCCCGAGAAUCUAUAGCUUCAAUGGAAAAAAUAUCCUAACAGAUUUCUCAUGGCCUGAAAAAGUCGCUUGGCACGGAUCGCACAAGUAUGGCGAAAGGGCUAUGGACACCUACUGCGAUGCUUGGCAUUCCAGUAGCUCAGAUCGUUACGGAUUGGGUUCUCCAUUAAACGGAGAUCGGCUUCUGGAGCAAAUCCGAUAUUCGUGCGACAGUAAAUUCGCUCUAUUGUGCAUAGAGGUGACAACGCAGUCGGCUAGACGUCGGAGGGACGUAGAUCACGAAGAUGAAAUUGACAUUAUAGAAGAUGACGACGUAGAAUUGUCCGAAGAAGAUUACAAUAGACACUUAAAUAAACUGAUCGAAGAUUAAUCCUAAGGAUUUGAUACUAGGUAGUUACCAGGAAGGAAGAAAGAAGGAUAAUUAUGAGAAUAUAAAUUCUAAUUUAAAGACUAUACAGAGACUCGUACUCAAGAGAUAAUAAAUAUGUAUUCCUUACAACGAAAAUCGUAUAAAAGUAAUAAGUAGGUACAUAUGUGGCGAGAUUACAGUACUGAGGUGAAAAACGAGGAACA